ACCGAGAGUCUCAGUCAUAUUUUCUCUUCAGGUCACUGUGGUAAUGACCACCGCCCAUAGGACAAAACUGCAUACCAAGUUCUACCAGGAAGAUAUCGUGCGCCGCAUCGACUCCCCGAAUGUAUAUGGGAUUGUACUCAGAUGCUGGCAUGAUGCCGAGGAUAUUCCACCACUCCCAAGUCCAUUCAUGGACCCCUUAAUGAGAUCCCUCGAUCGUGGCGAGAUCGGUGUCUCAUUCUUCCCAGGCGGUGUUCGUGACAUCGUCCCGGAGUGUAACUAUGAGCUCGUAGAUAGAACAUUUCAGUCAGGGGAUUAUUGCAAGCGUAGCAUUGAUGAUGUUCGUGCUGGCGUGGUGAUCAGCAUUGAGGCACAAGCACGGCUUGUGCACGCAAUUAGUGGAGAGCCAGUAGAGGGUUGGAGAGAUAUGAGGGAGAUCAGGCGUGCUACCGACGUUGACGGUGGAGAUUAUGUGAUAUAUGAUGACUGGAUUGGACAGGUCAUAGAGCUAUUUGAUGAACUUGUUGUUUCUGCAUCUGGCACUUUCGUCUGCUUGCCUGAAAUUAGCUCCCGUCUGACGAUCGGCGACAAGGGAUUGGACAUUCUUCCGAACCCAGAGGUACUCCACGGGCUGGUCAAUUAUCCUAAAGGAGCCCCACUACCUAGCCCGGAUGAUACUGUCAUAGACAUGAAGCGCACAAUAUUAGCCAUCUGCUGGCUAGCGGUGAACCAAAGCUUGGAUCCUGGUAUCGCCCAACUUAAACAGCGACCAGCACGUUUCUGGUCAGGCGAAGAUCUGACCAAAUUGACGGUCAUUAGGAUGCGUCUGGAUGAUAUACGUGUCGGGGACAAAGUUUUGUUGGAGGAGGAUGUAGGUGUGCCUGUCGCAAGAUAUGGCGCCGAGUCAGAACCAGAUGGCGCAAUGACGAUUAAGACCCUAUGCGUGAGGGAGACGAAAACGGUUGUCAAUGUUCUUUGGCAAGAUGGAUCACAGGAGAGCCUCCCUUCCACGGAGCUGAUUCCGUAUCUCAAUCCGGACGAAUAUGACUGCUGGCCAGGCGACCACGUCUUCUGGAAACUCGAGCAUGAAGAGCACGCAGCCGUUGUUCAAUCCGUCAAUUCUACCGAUCGAGUCGCCAUCAUUCGUUUCGCGAAUACUGGCAAGACUGAAACUGUUUCUGUUCUUGAGCUUGAUCCCAAUGGUGUCAGUGAUUGGGUGGUAGGCACUCCGCAUACCCAUCUCGGCAUGCGUCGUGGCGACAAGGUAUUCGUCCACCGUGAGGGAACCUCAAAUGGCUUCGAAUCCCCUCGAGUUCCGAGGAUUGGCGAGAUCGAGGAGUGGGUGAGAGAGGUGCCAGUUAGUCCUGACGGAGAAUUCAGCGGCUGGAGGCGGACAAUGGCGGAUAUGGGGGCGAAAAUGGCGUCGGAACGGAAAGAGAGGCCCAUUGUCUCCCGUGUCAAGCAUCCAACGCGGGACGAUACAUCUUUAUCAUGGUUUGGAGAGGUCACUGGGCUCCGUCUUGACGGAACAGUCGAUAUCACCCAUCCAAAUGGAUCUACCGUCAUAUACCCUCUCUCACGGCUGACGAAGCUCUACGACAGCCUCGAACAAUUUGAAGAUGAUGGCUGGGAGGGUGAAGAAGACGGGUCUGAUCAAGGCUUUCAUGUUGACAAUGCCGAUGGUGUGUGGCGUCUAGAUUCAGAUGACACGUGGCCCUACGAUCGUGACGAUUCAGAAUGGGAAGACGAAGAGGAUGGUGAUGAGGAUGGUGGUGGGAUGGACGUGGACAUCUGGGCCGACGAUAUUGAUAUUUCAUUGAGCGAUGGCAUCCCAGAUUCUCUGAUACCAUGCUAUGUGACACCAGACGUGGCUGAUUCGGCCUCACCAGUCCCAGUCUCGUCGUCCAACACAUCGCCAGAUAGUACCCAAGAGAUCAUCAUUCAGGACGAUGAGGAUGGUGAUGCCGAUAUUCCAUGGAACAAGUUUGAGAUUCUCCCAGGCGCACCCCAUGACCACGCAUUUUACUCGUCUGUGUCAAGUCAACCAUCGAAGAAUUUCCUCGCACGUCUGACAAAAGAGUACCGUGCGCUCUCAACCAGCCUACCAGAUUCAAUUCUCGUCCGUGCAUACGAGGACCGCACGGACCUAAUAAGAUGCCUCAUUAUUGGGCCGGAGAAUACACCCUAUGAAGACGCACCCUUUGUAAUAGAUUGGAUGCUUGACUCGAAUUUCCCUCAAAGCCCACCGAUCGCUCACUUCUUGAGCUGGACCAACGGCAAUGGUCGCGUUAACCCAAACUUAUACGAGGAGGGCAAAGUAUGUUUGUCCAUCCUCGGGACAUGGAGUGGAGACCGCACGGAAACAUGGAGCGCGGCGAGGUCUUCACUUCUUCAGGCCUUUGUGUCGAUACAGGGCCUGGUAUUGGUGAAAGAGCCGUGGUUCUGUGAACCCGCGUACGAGAAAUUGAGAGGUACUGAGGAGGGCAUGGUUAACAGCCGACUUUACAGUGAGAAGGCAUAUGUCCUCUCCCGUGGUUUUGUUCGCCGCGCCUUGGAGAUUCCUGUCGGUGGACUUGAAGCAGAGAUCAACUGGCUGUACAAUACCCAAGGCAGACUAGUCAAAGUUCUGGACGACUCCCGAGCGCUGAUCCAGAAGAGUCAGUCGGGACCAGAAAACGUGGAUAUAGAUCAGAAUCUCGCAGUGCCUCGCCUGACCGCGGGCGGUAUCAUUAUGCUGGAACGAACACUAUCCAAACUGCAGACGCUUCUUGACCAGAUGUAGGAUUUUAUAUAUUUUAUAUCUUCCCAUUGUUUUAUCACGUAUUGGCUAUUCGACCACGUAAUUAUGUAAUCCCAAGUGACGAUCUUUU